AUGCACAACAACCAGCGAUUUAGCUCCUUGCUUCGGGAUUACGCGCCUCUCAUCUCGGCCGACACUAAUCUUCUGUUCGCUCAAUUAGUUACGACUUGUUCGCGGUGGCGGAUCGGUAACAUCCUUUUGCGGCUAAUCCCGUUUCAUUUACAAACAUAAAAUUGAGGCGGCUUUGUUUUUCCCCAAAAUGGGUAUCACACCUGCUCUGAUGAUGAGGCUCUCAAAUUUCCGAUAAAUAAGAAAAAAAGUUUGCAUCACAAUCCCAAAAAACUCUCGAAGGUCUGUUCCGAUUUGGAGUUAUACAAUAAUGCAAGUGAAUCUUCAAAAGCUGGAAAAUUGACAAAUGAAAGUUAAUUUACUUUAUCCAACCGCCUAUAAACACUGGAGAAGCAUUUGAGUUGACUGAAUGUGUUUCUUUCGCUCCUCAAGAAAUUAAAAUUAUGGCUGCAUUAUAACUAAAAUCUUUUCAGAUUCACAUUCCAUUUUCACGAAAAGGAUGGUCUCUGUGGUUUCCGAAAAACUUUGUAUCAAGAGAUCAACGCUAGUAAACGUCAAAAACAACUUCAAAAAAAAAAAAGAAAAUCGCAUGGAAUGACCAAAACUGUUUAAAAAGAUAAGAACCACGCAUCUUCAAAAUGAUAAACCGAAAACGAGGCUUGCGAAUUAAAGGAAAAAAAUUACAAUUAACAACGAGUUUACUGAUACCUGCAUUUUAACAAGUAGUUAUAAUUUCAGGUGUUUGAAGGAGCAUAGUAAAAAUGUUUAUGAGAUCCUGUCAGGACCAUUUAAUUUUUUUAUUUCAUUUCCACCUCUCGAGUGCUCGAUCUUUAUUAAUUUUAUCCCCUGUGAUGGCUCUGAUUCAAUUCGACGUAAGCUAGCCUUGAAAAAGCUGGUUGCCGUACUGCCCCUACAUGGAGUAGCAGCUGAUCAUCAAAAAGGUAAAAACUGGUCUACCAUUAUCAAAAAUAGGCCAGAUGUUUUACGCGUCGUUUUUGAUCGACGAAAGUUUCGCGAGCCAACAAAAAACUCUUCAAAUAACCCAUGAUUCAAAGGAGAACUUUCUCUGAGGAUUGAAAGAAUGUGUGAAUGUGUAUAGUCUGUGUGCCAUGACUUGAAACUUCACCAAACGACAUUCCGCUGUUCCGCUGCGUUGCGAAGCGUCUUUGCGAGCCUCAGUCUCGCUUUGAAUUGGUUCUCAUUUCUGAUAGAUGGACUGUUUCACUAGGAACACGUGUUGAUCAAGUUUUUGAAUAAAAUGAAAAACUAGAGGCGUUCAAAGGCACGCAGCGGAACAGAGGAAUGUCGUUCGGUGAAAUUCCAAGUCGUGGUACACAGACUAUAAAUCUCCUUUACCCCUAAAUUUUUUUAAAAAAGAUCUCUCAGGAUUCUCCCUGAAUACAAUGUUUCAGGCUGGCAAGAGGCGGCAAGCUCACUAAUAAUCAGUGCUGGACAUGUUAUGCAUAAUUCCGACGAAGGGAGUCGCGGGUCGCAGCUGCCCAUCGGCUCGGCUUGUGUCUUCUCGCCACUAAUUACCACUACUGCUCUAUUAUCAUUAUUAUAAGGAAGGAGCCGCGGCCUCUGUUGUCGUUGAGGACAAAAUGUGCCGCCUGUGGGUGCCGACAACCAAAUAAGAAAACAAAGUGUCGCACGACCUUCACUUUUAAUUUUUCGAUUUUGGGCUGCCCAAUCUCAUUUCUCAGACGAGCUUGAUUUUUCGAAUAUUCUUUCUUGAAAAAAGUUUCGUGCCGUUGUUGAUCUGUGUUUUUUUUUUUGAAGCUACUAGGCCGUAAUUUUUCUCUAUUUAAUUGAAGCUCAUGAAGUCGGCUCUAAAGCUAAAAAAUCUCGAUUAUAUAGUUUCAAGCCAUAUAAUCAUAACCCCAUUUUUUGUUUAAGAAGAUAAAAAAUGCUUUUGUUUCAAAUUUCCUUGAAAAAAAGUCCACGAAGGAUGGUAUUUCCUUCGUGAUCUGCUUUUUCCUCACAUUUGCAAUCAAGCUUACGUCUAAUUAUCAAUAAUUUUCCACUCAAUGAAAGCCUGCUCUAUUGAGAACAAUUUUUUUCCAUUUUUCAAGUUAUUCUCGCGAGAGAUGACGCAAGAGAUAUCAACUUUUUCGAAAAAUGUUUUUUAAGUUUUCAAGUUUUUUUUUUCCAAUUUUUUGCUGACAACUACAGAAGAAGUUUCACAACUUGUGUCACGUUGUUUUAGUUUUAAAAAAUUUCUGUUUUUAUGUCUUUCUACUACAUUAUAAAAAAGGAAAGUCAGAAAAAAAUAAAAACGAAUAUAAAGAAAAAAUCUAUUUUGUAUUUUCUAGCAUUUUUAACCUAAAUGAUUCCACCUAGUUCCUAUUUAUCCCGUUGAAAGUUUUCAGAUUUCCUGCUACGGUUAUACGUGCUUUUCGGGACCUUGAAACUUUUACAAAAAGCUGAGAAGUUUAAGAAGAGAACUUCGGCUUGGAGAUCAGUCUGACAGGACCUAAAGGCCAGCGUCGUCGGCGACGUCAAAGACACAAGAUAUCGUGCAGAUUCGUCGUUUUCCCAACCUUUCGAGCUCGGAUUCGUCGUCGUUGGCCUUUCCCCCCAACAACGGCUGGCGGUGCACGUCGCGCUGACUAACACGUAUAAUUGCGUUUUUACCGUUGCAUGGCUAUUGAUGCCCGAAUCUGUUACACAAUAG